UUACGCGCUACGUAGCGGUGGCGGUGGCGGCGGCGGCGGCGCACUAACACCGAUGACGGGAUUUUCGGACGUUAAUUUCGAACGUGAGAUACGCUGAACAAGUGAAAACCCGCGCUUUUAUUGUUUCGUUGUCCGAGUCCAGUUAAACUAACUCUGCCGACGAAAAGUCCAUCGGUUUUCAUUUUUUUUUUUUAUCGUCAAUACAUUUUCGUGCCGAGUUUCGUAGUCGUCUGUUUUUCGUUCGUUCGUGCGUUCAAAUCCCGUGACCAACCCAGCCGGACCGUCGGAACUUCCCGUCGGAACUGCAACUUGUCAAUUCGAGCGAUACGCCAUGGACGACUUUACAGAGCGUAUGUUAGAAAGGACACAAAAACGUCAAGAGCUUCUUGCAUCCACAUUGUCCCAAAUGUCUCAACCAACGCCAAAUUCACUUUCACCACCUUCACGCCCUUCUCGACGCACUCGCCUUGCUGAACUUGCCAAUCAAGUAGAUCAAUGGUUGUCUGAUGAUCAGAAUUUUAAACAAAGUGAAACUAUUUCUAGUUCAAAGAAGACAGAAACAAUUAACGAAAUUCAAAAUGAAUCUAAAACAUUGGCAACUGUGUCUCCACAAUAUGCUUUAACAAAACCUUUAAUUAAGACUAAUGAAAAUAAAUCAGCUGACACACAGCAAUCAAAACCAAAUCAGUUUAAUAACAAAUUUAAACAAUUACGCCAACAAAAUCAGUUAGAUAAAGAAGCUCAGCCUCAAAGACGUUCACCAAGACUCUCUACUUCUAAUCUGACAGUUGCACAACGUCGAGCAUUAUUUGAGCCAAAUAUUGUUACUCAACAACCCAGCAAAAAACAAGUUAUUACUACUACUGUAACCAUAUCUCUGACUAAAACUACUCCUGCUAUUACUACAACGUCUACAACUGCUGCCAAUGAAGCAACUGAAGAAUCUGUAGAAGAUGUAAUUAAAACGCCACCACGUCCUAUUCCAUGUAGUGCAUCUACCCCACCUUCAAGACGUGGCUCCAGGCCUAGAACAGGUUUUUCAACGCUUGGUCCGGAUGACCAACGAUUAUGGACUCCACCAUGUAUAAAAAAUGUACUUUUAAAAAAAAAAUUGAUUAGCGAAAUGGAAAAUGAUGAAAAGUUGUCAGAUGAUAAUACUAAAGAAGAUAAACUUGUUUUAACAAAAAGUCCUUUUGAUAAAAUAUACAAUCCAGGUUCUACAAAGUACAAACCGGCUUCACCAUCUUCAAAUUUGUAUCCAGAUUUAUCUUUGAUAGCAGAUGAUAAUCUAGGAAACGAUACUUCACCAUCACCAUUGGAAAUCCAAUCUAUAGCAUGCAAGAGACGCAGUAAUGGAAGCAGUGCUUUAAAUACUUCUACUGCAUCUUCCGAAUCUGUACCUGAAGACUGUGAUGAUGCUGAGAUUUUGGGGGCUAAACGUUAUCGGUGCCAUCAGAAAGAAAAAGAUGCAGAGAUAAAUGAAGUAGCUACACUUCAAGAGAUAACUUCUCCAUCCACGCCUGUAACAGGAUUUAACAGUACUCCUGGUGGUGGCCACUGCUCUAUGCUGUCAAGCCACGCAGGAAGUCCAUUGUCACAGGCUUGUUCCAGUUUUAUAUUUCAACGUGGGAAUGAAAGUCUCUGUGGUAACAAAAGUUUCUCUAACUCAACUGAACAAAGACAAGAUCAACAAUUCAAUGCACAGGCCAAUCAGUUACCCGAAUCUCGACUCAUUGACAAAUACUUUGAAUUUGUGAAUUCAGACGGAGAAGAAGAAACAGAACUUAAUACUAAUAAUGCCUUUUCGCCUAACAAGUUGGAUUCUCAUCGCAAACUCCAGUUUAAUAACAGCAAACAUAAUGCAGACAUUAUUGAAUCUGACAAACAUAACAGUAGCAGUAGCAGCAGCAGUAGUACCAAGCCAGCGCUUGUACACACAGUUAGCACAUAUCGUAAACAACAGCAACAGUUACGAUUAAAUGGUGCUAAUUCUUCUAGCAAGCAACAAAUGAGAAUUCCAGAACGAGUAAACGAAGAACAACAAGAUGAGGACACCGACGAGGAAGAAAUACAUUUGCAAGAGUUGGAAAAAGUAGCAGCACGAGCUAGAGAUUUAGAACGGAUAGUGGUGCCAGAGCAAGACCGCAUUAUUGAACAAGCCACCCAAGCUUUAAAUAUUUGUGAUGUAUACAGGCAAAAAAACACUCUUCGCCCUGUGACUUCUAAUCAAUUUUCGCCUGAGCAUAUACACGCUGAACGACUUUUAUUGAUAGCAGGUUUGAGACGAACGGAUGCAGUUCGUGAGGCACAACGGCUUCGCGUUGAACGCACAUUGUUACCGGGUGGAAUCAUGGGAGAAAGAUCCACAUACUUGAAUGCUCAUGGUGAUGGUAAAACACUGGUUAUUCAUAGUCUGCGUGUUCCCAUUUUAUCAUCUUUGAACAGUGGUGGAAACCAUAACAAGAUAAAACAUAAUUCAGGCGAAGGAUUAGAAAACUUGACCAGAUGGCCAGGGGGGUAUAGGUAUUUUGUGUGCGCUGUUAGAGCGGUGGCUACAGUUCACCGACCUCCAGUGACUGCUGCUUCUCGACCAGCUGAUGCAGUUGAAGAGUCAGUGCUCCGAUUUUCCAAUGAUGCUACCAUCUGUCGUAACAAUGAUGAAAGUAAUUAUGGAUAUGUUGAGUUCAUUACUAAAAAAAAAGUCAAAAACUCUAGUGGUCGAAAGUGUCCAGCUCCAACCGAAUCAGAGGGUGCCCCUAUAAUGAUCCAUGGGUUGGAUGAUAGAGGAUGGAAAAUCACUGUUGAGCUAUAUGGUGUAUCCCCAACAGGCACUGGAGAGUAUGAUCACCACAAUGGUGGUCAUAAUGUCAAGGAACAUGAUGGCCAUGAAAAUAAGAGUGUGCUGGACAAGUUAUGGUCUACAGUUACUACCCCAAGUAAGGAACCCAAAAAACACCAUGGUUCAACAGCAACAGCAUGUAUUGAAUCGCCUGGUGGACCCAUGGCUGUUCGGAAUACAGUGUUUCGACAACUUGGUUACUUUGUCUUUUCUGAUGGUCAGGUGGAUCGGAAGCAGUUUACUUUGAAUAAGGUCCAUCAAUCUGGUGGUAUUUCAAGUAGUUCAAGAGUUACUACAAAUGCUGCAGUAGAAGAAACAGUCCGCGUGGGCAUGUGCCUUCUAGAGGAAGGAGAGCAAUAUACUUUUGAAAAUGAUAUGGGUGGAAUUAAUUUGGACAACAAAUCUUCGGAAUCCAAUUCAUACGCUGCUAGUGGAAUUAAAGUUGUUAUGGCACAAAAGUCAUUGAAAUUCCCAUCUGAGUGCAAACGAUUGGAAGGAUUUUUAACACUUUUUGACGACCAUGAGUUGCGUACACACAAUUUUAAGCGGGAGGGUCAGUGGAAACGUCGUGCAGAUAUUGGUGAUUGCACUAAAAGUGGCACUACUUCGUGGCGUCGGCUUUGGUUUCGGGCUGAAAUAAUUGAUAUGAAUCAACAAAAAUCUAUAAAUAACAGUGACAAAUCACAAGAACAGCAAAACGGCAACACUUUAAAGCAGCAAACCAUAGUAUUGCGCUAUUGGAUGUAUCCAGAGUAUGCUGAGCAAGAACGAGAACCUUUAGGUAGCAUAGAUUUGAACUGCUGUCUACCACCACCCCCAACUGAAGAAGAAAUUACAACUGCUGCACCAGAUCAACAACUAAAACAUAAACAGAAACCAAUUUCUGCUGCUCCAGCUCUUCCAGACCUGUGCACCCGGCCAAAUACUCUGCGUUUGAUUUUGUAUAAUGUUGAUGCUGAAUGUGACAGCUCAAAUGAUGGAGAUCGUGAUGAUGAAAAAACUCAUGAAGUGUUACUAUUGGCUGCUGACACAGCAGAUGAACGACGUGAAUGGUGUGAAACUAUAAAUGCAGCAGUAAAUGCUAUUAGCGGACACCGUGAACAGAUCAGAUUAGCUUUGGCUACUCAGUUGAAGAAAAAACAAUACAAUACUGAAAAAGAACAACAACAAUUACGACAACAAAUUGAACAACGUACUGGUGCUUGGCCUACUACAUCAAGUGGUACUCGUCAACAAUACGGCAAAAAAAAGAAGUUCUAUAAAUAAUCAAUUACUUCAAAAUGUUUUAUAUUUCUUGUUUCAUUUUAGGUAUCUUAUUAUUCAUUAUAUAUAUUAUUAUUAUCAUUUAUUAUUAUUAUUUCGUUUGUUUUUUUAUAAUACAAUUGAAUAUUGCAUAUAAGAAGUUAUACUUGAAUUUUUUAAAUUCAGCUUGUCAUAAUAUAUUUUUAGUUUUGUAGAAUUUUUUUUAUUAUAAUUUGAAGUAAUGAUUUCAAUACAAACUAAAAUAUUAACAAUAUUUUUAUUUACAA